AUGAACAAUUUUAUCAUCCGAAGGCAGAGGUUUCGAUGGCCGAACACUAAGGCAUGUCAAUGGUAUAUGAGUAAAGGUUCAAAGCUUCCUCUGAUACCUCUGAGCAAGACUCAAACAACAAGGGUUAAAAUGCAAUAUGCUACCACGUGCAAUGUUGAGUUUGAAUGGGCAGAUGAGAGGCGAACCCAACUUAACCGAUUAGUUGAGCUUCAAGAAAGGCUUCGGCUGGAAGAGUUGGAGUUGGCCAAAGCCGAAAUGGCUUCAUUGGAGGCAGCAGCAACGGAAGAAAUGAAAAUGAGCCUGCAAUGGGCGAAUAGCCGAGUCGUGGUAACGGCCUUAGAUAGGAGCAGAGCUCUUGAAGGGUUGGAUGAUGGGCAAUCAAAAGUUGAGAAAUCUAGAAAAGUUCAGUCGAAGGCCAAGCCUUUGGUUCUUAAGAGUCAAAUAGCGACUAAAGUGGUAUUACCACCUAAGGUCGAUGAGACAAAAGAGAAUGCCCAUGAAAUGGUCGAGGAUGUCAGGGAUAAACCCCAUACGAGAGAAGACAAGCCAAAGGUGGAAGAUACGGAAGAGGACCAAGUUAUGGUUGAUGCUCAAAUACUCGAGGCGAAAGAAAAGGCUGAGCAGUACAACCGAUGUAUAAGCCAAAGAAGCUUUAGAAAACCCGAAAAGCACCUUGGCCAACGAUGA